AUGAAUAAGUUUUUGAAUAUUAUAUUUUACAUUUUUCUAAUAUUAAAUUUCUCUUUCUUCCAAAGCAAUGCCACAAGUAAGGAAAUUCAAAAAGAUGAACAAAAGAAUUUAAGAAAUGGUUCUUCAAUAAAUAAUAACAAAAAUAUAGAAAAUAAAAAUGAUAAUAUUGAAACUCAAUAUGAAGCUUCAGAAUAUAUAGAAAAACAAAAUGACAUUUUAAAUAUGUAUAAUGAUGAAAAAGAGAAAAAUAAUAAUAAUUCAUUAGAUACAAAUGUAACAAAAAAUACUGUAAUUGAUAAUUCAAAUAAAUUUCAAUCAAUUGAAGACAAUAAUGUAUACAAUAAAGGUAUAUUUGUAGGUACUGGGAUAAAAUUAAAUGAUUCACAAACUACAUCUGAUAAUUACAAAAAUGAACGAUAUCAAAUAGACGAUGAAAAAUUGAAGUAUGGAGGGUCGUUUGACACAAUUUUUUCAGGUUUUGUUAAUUUAUUAACACCAUCAAGUCCUACUCAAAACGAUGGAUCUACAGGAAGAAAUGUACCACCUCCUAGUGAACCUAAUGUUGAUACACCAGAUCCUCCAACAGCACCCGCACCUGUAAAGGUACCUGAAGAUGCAAAAUUAUCAAGUUCUCCUAGACCUGAAGGACCAAGAGCAAACAAUAGAAAUGAAAAUAAUCAAAAUACAGAUCCAUAUAACCACUAUUUUGCAUGGGAAAUUGGAGGUGGUGCUCCAACGUAUAAACCCGAGAACAAUAAGAACGAUAAUAUUUUGCUAGAACACGUAAAAAUUACCUCGUGGGAUAAAGAAGAUAUAAUUAAAGAAAAUGAAGACACAAAACGCGAAGUUCAAGAAACUGAAGACACUGACGAAACUGAAGAUACUGACGAAACUGAAGAAACAGAAGAUAUGGAAGAUGAAAACGAAAUUGUGGAAGAUCAAUUACAAGAAAAUGAAGAUGAUGAGGAUAAUGUAAAUUUAGAAGAUAUUAAUAAAAAUACUAGAAAUGAUAUAUUUGAAGAACAAAUAAAAUUAGAUUCUACGCAAGAUGACAAAGCUCAAAAAUUAAUUUCUAAUGAAUAUAAAAAAACUGAAGAAAAAAAAUCAUUAGAAGAUCAUGUAAAUCUAUUAUUUAAUUUUUUACAAACAAAUAACCAACUAGAUCCUUCACUAAAAGAUUUAGAAAAUGAGUUAACUUUUUUUUUAAAUAACUAUUGA